AUGAAUCAUUACUUUUUUUUCUUGUUGGUGAUUCUUGUUCUAUGUGUUGCUUCCUCCAACUCAACUAAAGUUGUGGAAGUAAAUGACAUUUGUAAAGAAUCAUUCCAAGAAUCAUUCUGUUCAAAACUUCUCAAAUCAAGACCCGGCGGGGCAAAAGGUGUAGAUUUGAGAGUAGUACUGUUAAGGCGAAAAAAACAUUAUGAUACUUGUCUGUUAGAUUUGGGUCCUGUUGGUACUAGUGCUUCUGUACACUUGACUGAUGCCGAUAUUUCUUUUAAGAGAGGAGAUUAUAAAGAUAUGGCUGCAUCUACUGCUCUACUAGUGCAAAAUAUUCUUCAUUGUAGAAAUGAUCGUAAAGAUUAUUAUUAUUAUUAUGAUUAUGGUAGUGAUAAAGCUUUGUUUACAAAUUAUGUUGAAGUUGUUCUGCAAACUAGUAAAAUACUUGAUAUUAUAGCAACGUAUUUGAAUCUUGGAUGA